AUGGAGGCAGACGCAAAUCUGGCUCAAAGUAUGGGCAGCCGGAGCGAGAAUUCCAUGUCUGGCGUGGACAGCCCCAUGUUCGACGUUUCGUCCACCAGUCCGCCCGCGCGAUACCCGUCUUAUAGUGACAGCACCCAAGACGACGUCGCUGUCGCGAUCGAGAUUCUUGAGCGGCACGUCGAAUUUAUGACCUUCUUCUAUCAGCACGUGACCACGAGCCCGCCGCACGGACCUUUCCGCUACUACACGGCCAUAACUCUUGUGGAGCGCGCGAAGAAGAGGUUUGGAAAGCGCAGGAGUCUCGCAGACGACCCUCACCGCGCGGGCGCCACGACCGCUGAGUCGAGGGAUGGGGUCUUGCCGGAGGCGAAGGGGCCCGCCCAAGGCAGCGGCGAUGUGGGACCGACGUUUCACCACCACCGGCGUGUGCUGGAGGUCCUCAGCGUGCGCAAUAUUCUCGCCUUGAUUGAGAGGAAAUACAACACAAGGCACUUGGGCAGCUGGCCGCUAUUGUACGUCCCGGCUGAGGUCCACGCAACGGACUUGCAGCGACCGGCAUCAUGA